UUUUAAUAAUCCCUUUUUUUUUUACAUGAAAAUAUUUUACAUCUUUUUAGAGCUACCUACUUUUGUAUAAUAAUGUGAAAUUUUGGUUGUUUCAGUUGGGGUUUUCUGGGUGCUUUUUUGAAGCAUUUUUUUCUUAUUGGGAGUUGUAUUUGAUGGGUUCGAGCCUUUUCCAUAAAACCCAUUUCACAAAGUAAUGUGUUAUGUUGUUUGAUGAUGGCUUUAUUCUUUGUUAAUUGUUAGAAUUUGGGUUUUGAAUAUGACACAUAUGGAAUGGGAUUUGAUAUUCAGACUUUGGAUUGAAUAGUUGAUAGCUAGUAAGUUUUACUUAUUGACAAGAAUCAAUGGUUUUCUGUAUGCAAUAUUAUUUAUCAUUACAAAACAAACACACACACACACACACACACACAAAAAGAAGAAAAAAGCAUAAAUGAAUAUAAAUAGAAACAAAAAGGUGAUAUUAAAAGUGGAGUUUGGUUAUUGAAGACUUGAGAGGUGGAAAUAACACAAAAUGAUAAUUACAUGGCACUGAAACUCCGGAAAAAGAAGGGAGGAAAAGAGAUAAAAACUGAGAUGUUUAGUAUCACGUUGUUUUAGGUUGUUCUUUAUGUUGUUUAGUACGAAUAUUGCUUGUUUCCAUUAUAUCUCAAUUUAUGUGGAUUAUAUAAUACAAACUACGUGCAGGAAAAGAAACUCAAGUUCAAGCAUAUCUCCACGGCAAGAAAUUGGCGUUUCAAAGUUCAAUGAAGCUAAGUUGUUGUAUGAGGGACAGAUUAUCAGCAGCCCAACUAACGCUGCACUUCUUGAAAACAUCAAGCAAGAGGCUGGGAGCUUUGAUACUGAUUAUUUUGAAGAAAUGCCUGCAAAGACACAGUCGGCUUCUAAGAGGAGACCAUCUAAUGAUGGUCAUCGAAUUGUAGAGGUUGAUAAUGGUGUUGAUUCAAUCCGCAGAUUAGGAAGUCAGGCACUAAAAGCUUGCAAGAUUGAGGAGGAUAUAUUGGCAGAUAACGGAGAGACAACUUUUGCUUUGUUUGCAUCUCUACUUGAUUUUGCUCUUCAAGGAUUAAUGCCGAUUCCAGAUCUGAUUUUACAAUUUGAGAGAUCAUGCAAGAAUUUUUCAGAGUCAAUUGGUUUUGUAGUGCUGGAAUAGGUAAAAUCAAUGGGAUUAAUGUCCCAGUUGUGUGGGAACAUUCAUUCUUACAUGUGCACCUUAAUUUUUUAUAGGCCUUGUGAUUAUCAGAUGAUUUGAUUUGGUGCACACACAGUGCUUGUUCGUAGAUACCUACUUGCUGAUGAAAUGAAGGAUCCCUUCCAAGAGAAGCUUAUGACUGUUGGUAAUCGUAUUCUACACAUGUAUUCUAUGAUUUUAUUCUCCAAGUAUCAUGAAGAAUUGGUGGGGAUUUAUGCUUCUCAGCUUGCAUCUUGAUGUUCUGUCGAUCCCUUUGUGUAAAUGAUGGAGCUAAGGCCAAAUAGCAGGUAACAGCUAUAUGUUGUUUUCUAUCAUCUUUUCCUUUGUGGUUAUUCAAUAUUGAGUAUUUCCGAUGGGUUACCUUUUAUCAUUGGGUACUUACUGGCCAGGUGUUAUGUCCAUGCGGACAACAGUGACUUGCAUAUUUAUUUAUUACACUGUAAUGCAUGUUAAUCAACAAAGAAAUAUCAUAGCCAAAACUUUUGAGCUGGUAUUCUAGAAACAUGCAUAUUAUAUUGACUUGCAGAAGAGGAAAGAAAGUGUUUCAAAACUAGUUGCAUCUUAAUUUUUAUAAUAUGUCUGGUGGCGUUAUGUUUUGUUGCGUGGCCUGUCUACAUAAGUGUGAAUGGUAUGAGAUGUAAAAUUUAAGCUUACUUGUGGCAUUAAGGGAUUAGGUCUGUGUUUCUAAUUUGCGUUUGAGUUUUUCCUGCUGCUUGAUUUGUGUAAUGAUGCAUCUAAUUAUGUAGAUAAACAACAAUAAUACGUGAAUAAUGAAUUGUAAAAUACUAGAUAUUUGUCAAAGUUUUGUUUGAAACAAAAUAAAUUGUCUGAAACCAUGAAUCUGUGAACUAUUUCCAGAAUGAGAGGCAUUCCACUGCUUCACUCAAUUCUGGUGAUUGAGAUUGUUGUUAUAGUUUAGUGCAUGUUUUCUAUAGUUCUACAUUGUAUAUACCAGUAACCCAUGCAGGGAACAUCUUUUGGGACAGCUGUUUCCUUUUGUUUUUUGGCCGGAUGACAAGGCUGUUUGAAUAUCAUAUUUCUUUACUCAAAGAAAGUAAGAAUGCCUAUGGAAAUGCUAAACAUUAAUAAUUUUUGUCUUCUUUUGAGUCCUUUGUUGUGUACUUCCAUGGAUGAAUCUCCCUUCUCUUUUGCAUUCAUUCAAAUAAGUUGCUAAAAUUUGACAACCAUCCAUUGUGGCCACUAGACUGAGGUGCUUUUCUGGCUGAAGGAGGCGAUUACAUUGUCCAGGCUGCAGUUGUGUCCAGAAUAUAUACUUAAUGUUAAUUGUUCUUCCCUUGUUUUUAAGCAUUUUGAGGAAAGUGAGAAAAUGUAAAAGAUUUUUUUUAAAGAAAGUUAAAAGGUGGGAGUGCAUUAUAUACCUUAUAUUUUAU